AUGGUUUAUGGGAGCGCCUCUGUGCGCCACCGGCGCACGGCCUUCGACAGACGGCCGAGCUGCCUCAACACCAACACGGACGCGACGAAGCCGCUAUGCUGCCGCACCACCGUCACCACUAAUAGCAACGGGGGCCAUCGUACAGGAGAUCAAGAUGACCGUCACAGCGACGAGGAGGAGAAGGAGGAGGAGGACGACGGCGUCAAGGGGAGACACCAUGCCGGCUCCGAUGUUCACUGCUGUGGUGUUGUCCGCCUUGGCCACCCUGUGGGUAGCCGCCGCCGCCGCAACAGUCGCGGCAGCAUCACCAUCUUCGAUCGGCGCCCCCCCCCAACAACCCACCGCAGCCGCAGCAAAAGCCGGACAGGUGCCAUCCCACCGGUGGCGAUCAGCCAGGGAAGUAGCAUCAGCAGCAGCAGCAGCGGCAGGAGCAAGAGCAGCCGCAAGCGCCGCACCACCGGGGCUGGCGUUCGCGCACCCACACGGGUCUUUGCCGGCGGCGCCGUACAGGGGACGCUGCCGUUGGCGUCCCCGGUUCUCCGGAGACGCAGCUACCGCGCCGCCCGCUGCUGCUGCCGCUGCUGAUGCUGCUGCUGCUGCCAGCAGUGGCAUCAUCAGGGGCAUGGUGGGUGCGGACACCACCGGGUUUAGAGGUAGUGGGGGCACUUCGCUCAGACCGCAACAGCAGCGGCGGCGGCGUGGGCAUCAGCAGCAGCGACCGUCGUCGACAGGCGCCACCGCCACCAUGUCGUCGUUGUCUUCGUCGUCCGACGGCCGGCGGCGCUCUUCUCUUCGACCCGGGGACACGAGACUUCUCCCGUCCACGGGUGGUAGUGUUGCCGCCGCUCCCCGCCGCCGUUCAUUGCUGUUACCCCGCGCUCCACCCCCCAACGUCUACGGGAGCGGCAACUUCGUGUCGCCCCUGCGUGCGGCCGCCGGUGGUGGUGGUGACACGCCGAACGGGGCUGGGGAAGCACCGUCCCCCCCGGUCAAGAACGCUACCGCCGAGGACGGGGGGGAGGAGGGG